AUGUGCUCGUCAGCAGAGAGCCCAUCGAUGAUGCAUUGCCGCAGCUCAUCUCCACCAUCUCAGAGCCAAUGCGAAUCGCAUGGCUCCUGCAGCAAUCAGACGUGGGUCCAGCCAGGGCUGCAGCGAGGCUUCUGCGAGGCGGGUGGAGGCAGAGCCGAGGGUGGCGGCUGCAAGAUGCGACUCCUCUGCUUGGUGAUGCUGCCUGUUCUUUCGUCCACCUUUGAGCUUCCCACUCGGGCUUCAAGCGACUUGUCAUUUCUCCGGAAACUGAACUGCAACGAGGUGCAAAAUGCAAUCGUCGUCUUUCAGGGUGACGGCGUUCACUGCACAGGCCAGCAGAAGCCCGAGAUCUUCGAUUGCAUGCGGAACCUCACGCUGCACGGAGGUUGCCACCCCUAUCCGUGUCCACAUUUCCCUGCCUCGAUCAGCAUGACGGAGUGGACUCGGCUAACGGCCGAGAGCACAUUCGAGCCAUGA